AUGAAAUUAAAAAAUUACACGAAAUCAAAUUCAGAGAAUACAGAAGUAGCUGCAAUUAAAAAUAAAGUUGGUAAUAAUGAAAGCAAUCAUCAUGCCGUUGAUGAAGAUUGGUCAAUAAUAUCAUCAUCAUCUGAUUUUGACGAUGAAAGAUCAACAACAAGUUCAACUGAUCAUCAAUAUAAAGUUAAUUUGAAUUUAGAUCAAGGGGGCGGCGAUAAGGAAAUUAAAAAAACUGAUUUAAAAAAUUCAAUUAAUCAAUCAAUUUUAAAAGUUCCCAAUUUGAUUGCUACUGAGGAUGAUCAAAACAUUGAAUUAUCAACUUCAUCACCACAAAUCUUGAAUUCUUCAUCGAUUCCGGAAUCAAAUACUAGUUCAAAUUCAAUAUUAAGUGAUGAUUUAUCAAAUUCAAUAAAUGUUGGAUCAAGAAUAAAAUUUUUUGAAAAUUUAAAUGAUUUUAAUGAAUCAAUUAAACAAAAAUCUAAUGAUUUUUAUUCAAAUUUUGCUAAAAUCAAAAUUGAUCAAUUGAAUAGAUAUAUAUAUGAUCAACAUUCUUCAAUAAAUGAUCUGGCAGCUGAUGAUAAUAAGGAUAGUGAGCAACAACCAACCGAUGUUAAGAAAGAGAAAAAAUUACUGGUUGAUGAAACUGAUUUAGAUGAUACUAUUGAAUUAGUAAAAUCAAUUGAUAAAUAUCAAGAAAUAAAAGUGUUACAAAAUAACUCCAAAAAAGAAGAUUUGAAAACAAUUGACAAACCACAAGAAGAUUCCAAAAACAUUAGAAAACCAUUGGGUGCUAAAUUUCUUUCUGCAAUUGAAAACUUUUUAGAAUCAAAUUCAGAUUAUCUUUAUUAUUAUUUAUUUGUUUUUGUAGUUGGUUUGAUUCCAACAAUUUAUUUGGUAAAUAAUUAUAUAAAUCAACCAUUACCAACUACAAUUGUUAAAUCACCAACAUUAAAUGAUAAAAUUAUUAAUUAUUGGAAUAAUUUAGUUUAUGAAGAAACUGAAGUAAUAAAUGAUCGUGGUAUAUUUGGAUUUCAUGCAAGACCUAAAAAACUUAUCAGAGUUAAUAAGUUAUCAAAAUUAGCUAAAAGUUUGAAAGCUAAUUUACAAAAUGAUUAUUUGAAAUUAACGAAUGUUGGUAAAGAAAUAGAUAAAUUUGUGGUAAAAAAUAUUGCACCAAAUUUGCAAAAAAUUAUAGCCAAAGUUGAAAAUGGUGUAUUGUUGACAAGUAAAAACUUACAAACUUUGGGGGAGAAAUUAAGAGAUUUUGGACAUAUAAAAUUUCACCAAAUUAGCAAAAUUUCAAGAAGCUCAUAUGAAGUGUUAAAAAAAUAUAGUCAAACCGGAUUAACAGAAAUAAUCAAUCAAGAAAAAUUCUUCACAGAAAAAGCUAUAAAUUUUUUCAAACAAAGUUCAAAUCAAUUUCAAGUAUUUUUAAAUAAUGCAAGUCAUGCAUCUAAAUUCAUAUUUACUAAAUCAAAAGAUGUAUUAGUUGAUCAAAGUAUAAACUUCAAAAACUUCUUAAGUAAUGUAAAUAAAGCAAAUACUAAAAUAGGUCAGUAUGGUUUAUCAAAAUUUAAACAAUUAUCAAAUGAUACCCAAAAUUUAUGGUUGAUUUAUUCACCAAAAUUUUCAAAUUUAAUAACGCAAGAAUCAAUAUUUAUUUAUAAAAAAUCCUUGGAUUUUAAAAAUAUGAUUAGGGAAUAUGUUAUAUGA